AUGGAGAGUGAGCGCGACAUGUACCGCCAGUUCCAGGACUGGUGCCUCAGGACUUACGGGGACUCAGGCAAGACCAAGACGGUGACCCGUAAAAAAUACGAGCGGAUCGUCCAGCUCCUCAACGGCUGCGAGUCGAGCUCCACGGACAACGCCAAAUUUAAAUUCUGGGUCAAAUCGAAGGGUUUCCAGCUGGGUCAGCCGGACGAGGUCCGCGGGGGCGGCGGCGGCGCAAAGCAAGUGCUCUACGUGCCGGUCAAGACCACGGAUGGCGUAGGGGUAGAUGAGAAGCUAUCUUUGCGGCGGGUAGCCGUGGUUGAAGAUUUCUUUGACAUUAUCUAUUCAAUGCAUGUGGAAACAGGGCCAAAUGGAGAACAAAUUCGGAAACAUGCUGGACAAAAGAGAACUUACAAAGCACCAUUGAACCCCCUACUGUUCUCCAUAGUGGCUAUACAUGAGUUCUGUUCAGAUUAUUUUUUAUUUUUCCUUAAAAUUUCAGAGAGCUAUGCCUUCCUCCCAAGAGAAGCGGUGACACGGUUUCUAAUGAGCUGCUCAGAGUGCCAGAAAAGAAUGCAUUUAAACCCAGAUGGAACAGAUCAUAAAGAUAAUGGAAAACCUCCCACUUUGGUGACCAGCAUGAUUGACUACAACAUGCCAAUUACCAUGGCCUAUAUGAAGCACAUGAAACUGCAGCUGCUAAACUCACAGCAAGAUGAGGAUGAAAGUUCAAUAGAAAGUGAUGAAUUUGAUAUGAGUGAUUCAACACGGAUGUCAGCUGUGAACUCUGACCUUAGCUCCAAUCUUGAGGAAAGGAUGCAAAGUCCCCAGGCUCUUCAUGGCCAGCAGGAUGAUGAUUCUGCUGCAGAGAGCUUUAAUGGCAAUGAGACUCUGGGGCACAGUUCAAUUGCUUCAGGGGGAACACACAGCAGGGAGAUGGGCGACUCUAACGGUGAUGGCAAAACUGGGCUGGAGCAGGACGAGCAGCCACUGAACUUGAGUGACAGUCCCCUCUCAGCACAGCUGACUUCAGAAUACAGAAUAGAUGACCACAGCAGUAAUGGAAAAAACAAAUAUAAGAAUCUGCUAAUUUCUGACCUCAAGAUGGAACAAGAAGCGAGAGAAAAUGGAAGCAAGUCCCCUGCACAUAGCUAUUCAAGCUACGACUCGGGCAAAAAUGAGAGUGUAGACCGAGGUGCUGAGGACCUGUCCCUAAACAGGGGAGAUGAGGAUGAAGAUGACCACGAUGACCACGAAGAUUCUGAGAAAGUUAACGAGACAGAUGGCGUUGAGGCCGAACGGCUGAAAGCUUUUAAUAUGUUUGUCAGGCUGUUUGUAGAUGAAAACUUGGACCGAAUGGUCCCAAUCUCUAAGCAGCCCAAAGAAAAGAUCCAGGCUAUCAUUGACUCAUGCAGGCGACAAUUCCCUGAGUAUCAAGAGCGUGCCCGAAAACGCAUACGUACUUACCUCAAGUCCUGCAGGCGGAUGAAAAGAAGUGGUUUUGAGAUGUCUCGACCUAUUCCUUCCCACCUUACUUCAGCAGUUGCAGAGAGUAUCUUGGCUUCAGCCUGUGAGAGUGAGAGUAGAAAUGCCGCCAAGAGGAUGCGUCUGGAUAGACAACAGGAUGAAUCUGCUCCAGCUGACAAACAGUGUAAACCAGAGGCGGCCCAGGGCACUUACUCAACCUCAGCUGUUUCAGGCUCCCAGGAGGUGUUGUACAUCAACGGAAAUGGGACCUACAGUUACCAUAGUUACAGAGGGCUCGGAGGGGGACUGCUAAAUCUGAACGAUGCUUCUAGUAGUGGACCCACUGAUCUCAGCAUGAAGAGGCAGUUGGCGACCAGCUCAGGAUCCUCCAGCAGUUCGAGCUCCAGACCCCAGCUGAGUCCAACUGAAAUCAAUGCAGUGAGACAGCUGGUUGCAGGAUAUCGGGAAUCCGCUGCAUUUUUAUUGCGUUCCGCAGAUGAACUGGAAAAUCUUAUUUUACAACAGAACUGA